AUGCAAAAUAGUGUCCACUUAGAGAUGAACAAACCCUUAAAAUAUCCAUCUAAUGAUGUUUCUGUUUGUUGGCCCUCCUUUUAAACUUCCAAUUUCAGCUCCAAUUCAAACAGCAAAGACUCUGAAAUCAACGCCCAGAUGCAGCUAAGUAAAUUCAGCGAUUCUGAAAGCGAAAACAAUCAAGUUCCAAAAAAUUUGGAGACUCUUUGUUCCUAUUAAUAUCAAAGUAUGUCAGGGAAUCCAAAAUAUCUUCUCCUUUCAUCUGAAAUGUUUUUGUUCACAAAAAUUAUUUCAAUAAACCUAGUGAACAUUUCAAUCCUUUUUUUAACCUUCUAUUUACCAUACUUAUAUUUUGAGAACUUUACGUAAUUUAAUUUAUUAUAGUUUUAAGAGAAUCAGAUCCCAUAUAUUUUCCAGUUCUUUUGUUUAUAAUGACGCUGGAAUUACAUACUCAAUUUAUCAAAAUUUUAAGUAAAUUUCUCAAAAACAAAAACAUCUCAAUAAAAUUACUAGAUAUUGCAUUCUUAAUAACCUAUACACUUUGCCUUACAAUAAAGGAUGUUAUUACUUUUACAAUUUUAUAUUACCUGCUCUUCUUAAGAAAUUUGAAAUUUAUUUAAAAAUUGCUAAGUUUAAUCCCAUUUAUUAAUUAUUAGUAACACAAAUAUAUUAUACUUUAGGUAAAUAAUAAUCUCUAAAAUGAUUGUUGUAUUGCUAUUCCAAAUACAUUACUUUACUUGUAUAUGGGGAGUAGAACUGAAAUCAAUUAACUAAAUUGAUCUAACUUACUCAGAUUACUUUUAUAAAUCAUUUUUGAUGUUAUUUUUCAAAUUUGAUCAAUUAGACAAUUAAUAAAACCAUUUAUUAAUACUAACACAUGUGUUUAGUAACAUCAUAAUUAUUAUUUUCCUGUUUACGAUAUUUACAUAAUGCCAAUCACAACUGCAAAAACAUGAUAUUUAGUUAAAAACUUAUAAGUUAUUCUUAAAAUCAAAGAUGCUUGAUUUCAAAGUUAAGAUUGCUUUGUUUCAUUAUUCAACAAUAUUUUUAUUGAUUGAAAAUCAAUUGAAUGCAAAAGAAGAUGAAAAGAAAAAGACCUUAUUAUAGUACAUAAAAAUGAAGUUGAUUAAUCAGGAACUUAGACAUUUUACCUUUCUAUCUAAAGCUGCUCUGAAUGAAAUCAGUGCUAAGGGAGUCUUUGGACUGGGUUUGAAAUAAUAGGUAAUUUCGAUUAUAAAUUCAAGAAUUUCUAAGCCGAAAUUGAUGGAAUAUAUAUAAUACUAGCUGGGAGAGUCAAUCUGGAGUUUUUAGGAUUGAACCUAAAAGUUGAUGCGCAGAAGAUCAUCAAUAUUUGUAUAAUUGAAAUGAUGAAUACACAACAAUAGAGAAAAUUAAUAUUAGAACCAGUUGACAUGAAUGAUAUAUUGUACUUUUACAUCAAUCAUGAUUAAUUUCAGAGUUGUUUAUAAAAGCAGUUAGAGAAGGUAAUUGAUCUGUUAUUAUGUCUAGGAAAUGUAUUAGAUGAUUAGGGAUGAUAUCAAUAUCAACAAUACUACUGAGGAGUUGAAUAUUCAAUGUUAUUUUUGUAAUCUAUUUCAUCCAUCCUUUAAUUGUGCCUGUUUAAAUAUUAAGAGAAGAUUCACUUAUGAUAAGACGCAUUAGGAGAGAGGGUCAUUGUUUUAGAGGAAGAAUAACUUAAGAGUGAAAGCAGGCAUCUAUUAAUAGGUAGUCGAUCUUUGAAUCAUAGAUUACAAAUUAGGGAACUAGCAACAAUAUUAGCGAUAAUAGUUCUGAAAGUUUCGAAGCAUUUUCAGAUUACUCUAGUGAUAAGUUGAAUGUGUCAAACCAGCAACUUCAUUGCGACUAAAUUGGUAAGUAGAGUUCGAUUAGUUAAAUAUAUAAGGAUAUUCUAUAGAUUGAUUUAAUAUCUGACAAGGUCAGUGAUCCAAUAAUAAGCAGCACUUUGAUUAAGCAUUUGCAGGUGCCUGAUAAAGCACUAAGGAAUCAAUCGGAUAGCAAUUAAACAGGCUUUCAGGAUUUGGAUUCUUUUCUUGAAAUAGAUAAAAUAUGGGAAUAUCAACAUUAUAAAGUGGCUUAUAACAUCGAUAAUGUGUUAAAUAAAAUAAAUAAACAGAAAAUGUGA